AAUUAAAUAAAAUGAAUGGACUCCAACUCAAACCUGACAAUUAAGUUUUUCAGUAAAUUCAUCGAAAGUAGUCAUCAGAGUGUCAUAUCCGACACUUAAACUUAUUUCGAUAGCCAUAAGUGAAGUAAGGGUUGGGAGAUAACUGGUAUCACUUGUAAAGUGAGAAUAUAUGUGAAUCGUGUUUUUAAAUGUCUAAAUUGAUUUAUUAACUAAAUCUCAUUAUAAUUGAAUAUAAUGUGAAUCAUCCACAAAAUAUACGGUUAGUUUGUCGAUACAAAGUUAUAAACAACAAAAUGCCUCGAUAUACUAAAACAGACUUCGAUGACGAAGAUGUGUCAGAAGUGAGCACUUUUCCCACUGAUAUCACUAUCACAGGUAUCGGAAAUCCGAAUCUGUCAGUCAGUGGCCAACAAUUGGCUAAUGAAGCGACUAUUCAGGAAAAUAUUCACCAAAAGUCAUCGACGACUCCACCCGGUGUGUCAUUUUGGAGUCCAGUGACCGGUUCGGCCAAAUCGCGAGUUCGUCGCCGAAGUUUUUGGGACCGAUCGUCGCCUUUUGAAAAAUUAUUAUUAAUUGUUAUCGCAUUUCUCAGUUGUGUUAUUAUUAUACUUAUAUCAGUAUUAACUGCUCAGUCAAAUACUACACUUCAUGUGAAUGUCAGCACUCAAAACAAGUCUCAAUACUGUUUAACACCGUCGUGUAUAACAGUUGCCAGUGCUAUCAUCAAUGCCAUUGACUAUAAUGUCGAUCCGUGUCAAGACUUUUAUCAAUAUGCGUGCGGCGGUUGGAUCAGAGAUAACCCAUUACCCGAUGGUAAGUCUAUAUGGGGAACGUUCGGUAAAUUAUGGCAAGAAAAUCAAUUGGUUAUGAAAAAUGUUUUAGAAGAGCCUAAAGAUGAUUACUUAUUAAAUAAAGCCGAAAGAAAAGCCCGAAUAUAUUAUGACUCGUGUGUCGAUAAAAAUGAAACCAUUGAAAGACUUGGUCACAAACCACUUCAAGAAUUUUUAGAUGAUAUAAAUGGGUGGAAUAUUAGUGGAAAGUUUGAUGUUAAUAAAUGGGAUUUUCAACAAACCAUACAAUUACUACAUAACAAAUAUAAUAGGGGCGGACUAUUUACAUGGGCUGUCGGCGCUGAUGAACGCAAUUCAUCGCAUAAUAUCAUACAGAUUGAUCAAAAUGGAUUGGGAUUACCAUCAAGAGAUUAUUAUCUUAAUAAAUCAGCUAAUAAUGAAGUCCUAAAGGCAUACUUGACUUUUAUGACAAAAGUUGGAGUACUUCUUGGGGGAGAAGAAAAUACAACAACAAAUCAAAUGAUACAAGUUUUGGAUUUUGAGACUAAAUUGGCUCAAAUAACAAUACCGGCUGAUCAACGAAGAGAUGAUGAAAGAACUUACCAUAAGAUGACAUUAAAAGAUUUAAAUAGAAAGUCAAGAGCUGUUAAUUGGGUCCAAUAUUUUCGAUUUGCUUUCAAUCAAAUUAACAAAACUAUUACCGAAAAUGAACCAAUAGUUGUCUAUUCACCCGAUUAUAUGAUAAACUUAACGCUUCUCAUUGAUGAAUAUUUGAUGGACAAUCAAAAGAAGAUAGUUUUAGCGAAUUACUUGAGUUGGUCUGCUGUCCAAACUCUUACCUCAUGUCUAUCAAAGCCAUUCAGAGAGGCGUCGAAAAUAUUGCGAAAGGCAUUAAUGGGUUCGGAGGGGUCAGAGUCCCCCUGGAGGUACUGUGUCACCGAUACUAACGGUGUAAUGGGCUUUGCAUUGGGAGCCAUGUUUGUAAAGGCUGUCUUUCACGGAGAGUCCAAACAAAUGGCCCAAACUAUGAUUGAAGAGGUCAGGGAUGCCUUUAAAAAUAAUUUACCACAUCUUAAAUGGAUGGAUGAAGAAACACGAGAUUUAGCUAAAGAUAAAGCUGAUGCGAUCACUGAUAUGAUUGGUUUUCCUGACUUUAUUUUGAAUGACAAAAAAUUAGACGAAAAAUAUGAUGGGCUCAAUUUUCAAGAGAAGCAAUAUUUCAAAAAUAAUAUUGAAAUAAAUAAAUUUGCUUUUAUUAGAAAUCUUCAAAAGAUUGAUAAAUCGGCAAAUAAAUCAGAAUGGGAAAUGUCACCUCCCACUGUCAAUGCUUACUAUACACCCACUAAAAAUCAAAUUGUUUUUCCAGCGGGAAUACUUCAGGCACCUUUCUAUGACGUCAAUUAUCCUAAAUCAUUGAAUUUUGGAGCCAUGGGUGUUGUUAUGGGUCAUGAAUUAAGUCACGCAUUUGACGAUCAGGGCAGAGAAUAUGACAAAUCUGGAAAUCUUCAUCAGUGGUGGAAAAAUAGUACGAUUAAGAAGUUUGAAGAAAAAAUGAAAUGCUUUAGUGAACAAUACUCUAAAUAUAAAGUCGGAAAUGAAACGGUCAAUGGGAAGCAAACCAUUGGUGAAAAUGUUGCCGACAACGGAGGUCUGACGGCUGCUUACAAUGCUUACAAAUCAUGGAUAAGCAAACAUCCAUUAGAGUUGCCACUGCCCGGAGUCAAUCUCACAAAUUUGCAGCUCUUUUUUGUUGGAUUUUCACAAGUCUGGUGCUCGACCAGUACUCCCGAAGCAUUAAGACUUCAAAUAAUGAAUGAUCCUCACAGUCCGGCACAGUUUCGGGUAAUCGGCACACUAUCCAACUCUCCAGAGUUUGCACAUCAGUUUAAAUGUCCUUUUAAUUCGCCAAUGAAUCCAAACAAUAAGUGUAUAGUUUGGUAAAUAAGUCAUGUUAUUGAUGACAAUCUCGAUUUGUUUGACUUAAUUUAAGCAAAGAGUUCAAUAUUUUCAGUCCACUAUUUAUUUGCAUUGUUGCCAAACAACCGAUAAUAGAUUAGUUGGCAAUUAUUUGUCAUAUUUUUAUAUUUUUGA